UUGUCUUUAACCCAAAUAUAGAAACAGACUCAAAACGAGCCCACUUAUUUCACGAAGAGAUAAAUGGGCCCAUCGAGUUACCAAUGGCACAAUACAAGCUUAGUAACCAGCCAGUCCCAGACCCUAAAAUGGCCGCAUCUGCACUUCUCAGUCAGCUCCUGCGACUCCGGCUCCACCACCACCGCUUCGCCACGGGAUUACUAGUGCCACUUCGGAGAUCAUGGUGUUCGAAUGCGGAGUAUAUUCGAAUGGAAGAGGAUGAUAUAUCUGUUUUGAUUGACACAGUAUCGAGCUUGUGCGAGGCAGCAAAGUAUUCAAGUUGGAAAGAGCAAAAUUACCGACAGUGGAAAGAUGAAGAAGCAGAGAUUUGGAGAGAUAUCGAACCUAUAGCACACCUCGCUAAAGAAAUUCUCCACUCUAACAGAUAUAAGGAUGGAGAACAACUAACAGAUGAAGAUGAGAAAGCUGUAGCAGGUAGGCUUCUUGUUUAUCAUCCGAAUUGUGAUGAUAAAGUAGGGUGCGGGCUUGAUUCUAUAGCGAGGGCAUUUGUACCGGUAGAGCUAUUUGUUCGCUUCAAGUCAAAUGCCAGCUAUUGUGGCCAGAAUUGGACUCACCCGUCAUUUUCUCCUUUGUUGAUCGUCAUCCCCAUUUUAAAAGGUCAAGGUGCCUGUUUGUUGUAAGAUCUGAUGGUGGAUGGAUAGACUUCUCCUAUAGGAAGUGUCUGCGAGCAUACAUUCAAUUCAAGUACCCAACUCAUGCAGAAAGAUUCAUUAAAGAACAUUUUAAACAUGGCCUGAUGAUGGUUACAACCCGGGCGAUUACCUGAUACUCCAUCUGCAAUUUUCUAUUUUCUUUUGUCAAUUAGAGAUCAUUCAGAUUGACAUAUUUUGAAGUUUUCCAUCAGCGCAGGAUUGUGUACGGAUCCUAGGACCUAAAUGCAUCCUAGGUCUUUUCAAAUUGUCGGAAAUAGUAGAUAAUCCCUGAGUAGCCCGUCCAAGUUUAUUUGUUUAGAAAUGAUGACAAAAUGAUUGAAAUGCUCUCGACUUUGU